GUGAUAGGAGACAGUUGCAGCUGGAUGAGCGCACAGUCAUGGAGGAGAUGCGGACAGCAGAUGAAAGGAUGGAGAACCUUUCUGAGAGGCAGUUUCAGGCACUGCGUCAGGAGGCCCAGGAAGUGAGGCGUCAGGAGGCAGCAGAUGGAGCAGUUGGCUACCUUCAACCAGGCCUUCCUUGGUGUCCUUGGGCAGGUUGUUCAAGUGUUGGGAGUCAGUCGUGA